AUGAACCAAGAAAUAAGACACAGCUGGAAAUGUCCUGAAUGUCAUAGUAAGCAACCAAAAACUGAUAACACGAACUCACCGUUGCGCCAACCACUUCAAUCCACUCAGCCGGGCCGCAGUAACGUCAGCGUACUUGAUGAAGCAUCAUGUGAAGCCAGCAAAGUUACCAUCAGAGCUCGCCAGCAAUCACAGGCUGUUCCAGUUGAUGACCGUUAUGUGACGGAGGAUUCACUGCGGCGAAUACUUAGUGAGGAAUUGUCAUGCAUGAUCGAAGUAAAAAUAAAAAAAUUGCUUAAGAAACGAACUGACCACAAUUUCUAUAAGGCAAAUUACGAGGAAAUUGCCUCGGACCUGGAGUGUAUAUAUUGGGUGGAGAGGUUUUCGAGCUGUAGCAACGUCAAUGAAAUGGUUUCAAAAUUCUAUGAUGAACUAAGAUUAAUUAUUGAUAGAUCUGUCCCCAAGCGCCGUCCUUCCAAGAGUAAAUACCCCAAAUGGUUUAGCCGCACCCUAAUUAAACUUCUAUCUGAGAAAAAUAAGCUACGCGACAGAUAUCGGAAUAUGGUAAUCCACAUGACAAAUUUGAACAUGACCUCUUACGGAGGACAAGUGCUAUAG